UUCUUUGCACAUCAGGCUUUGGAGCCAAUAUGGCGGUGAUGGUUGCAAUCGGAAGUAUUGUGCCGGUGAUAUGUGAAGGUGAAGGAAGGAGGCCAGCAAAGGAAGAAAAGGUUGCCGUAUUCUCCGAUGCACUUAACCAUGCCUCCAUUGUUGACAGUCUUAAACUCGCUGAUCGAUUUGGAGGAGUCAAAUUAUUUGUGUACAAACACUGUGACAUGUCUUACCUCGAUGCACUGCUGUACGUCGUUUUCUAUGUUAACAUGAUUUCCUUGGAUCUUUAACAUAUAUGAUUAAUUACCACCAUCUAAACCUGGUUUAUUUUAUGGAAAUUUCACAGAACAAACUGUAAAAAUAAGAGAAAAGUGGUGGUGACUGAUAGGAAAGCCGGCCGUUUCUUGUCUCAAUUUUCAUUUCUAUUUAUCUGUCUUCAAGUAUGAAGUCUUAUUAAAACCAUCUUCUAUUAACAGCUUGUUCAGUAUGGAUGGAGACAUUGCACCCAUGGCUGAGCUGGCUCAGCUCCGCAAGAAGCAUGGGUUUUUGUGGGUGCUUGAUGAUGCAAGUCCUUCAAUAUUCAAUUAUAAAAAUCCAUUGAUUAUAACAUUAUGGAUUCUUGUGAAUCAAUAUUCCACUUUUUCAGGCUCAUGGAACAUUUGUUUGGGGAAGAAUGGAGGGGACUAGCUGAGGAAUUCAACUGUGAGUACGAUGUGGACAUAUCCAUUGGCACAUUGAGUAAGACAGCAUCUUCUCUGGGAGGGUUCGUAACAUGCAGCAAAAUAUGGAAACAGUGGAUUCAAUCAAGGGGAAGCUCUUUCAUAUUUUCAACAAUUGCGCCUAUUCCCUUAGCUGCUGCCUCUUAUGCAUCUGUGGUGGUGGCAAAGAAAGAAUCAUGGCGUAGAAGGGAAAUCCAGAACCGAAUGAAGGAGUUGCACGCUCUAACUGGGAUCCCUGUCAAAAGCCAGAUAGUAUGCGUCAUGAUUGGAGAUAUGAUGCAGGCCAUCAAAGCCAGACAGUUUUUUUUCUUUCUCACUCUCUUAUCUGUUUCAUAUCUUUCUAUUGAGUGGCUGUCGGACCACCUGCAGUCGCUCCGAAUACAGCAAGGUUCGAUAACGACACCAACACAUAAAUUAUUCACAUAUAUAAUCUUUACUUAUUUACUCUUCAUUCAGGUUGCGAUUGACUCUCACUUCUGUACACACAUCAGAAGAUAUAAAAAGGCUUGUUGCAAUUAA